CUUUUCCUACAGGUCUCAGCCACUUUUGCAGCUAGUCUGGUCAUCAGUCCAGCCAUUGGAGCGUACCUUUCUGCCAGUUAUGGAGACAGCCUCGUUGUACUGGUAGCCACAGUGGUGGCUCUUCUAGACAUCUGCUUCAUCUUGCUGGCUGUUCCAGAAUCUCUGCCAGAGAAAAUUAGACCUGUUUCCUGGGGAGCUCAAAUUUCCUGGAAACAAGCUGACCCUUUUGCGUCACUGAAGAAAGUUGGCAAAGAUUCCACUGUCUUACUAAUCUGCAUCACCGUGUUCCUUUCAUACCUUCCGGAAGCUGGGCAGUAUUCCAGUUUUUUUCUCUAUCUCAGGCAGGUCAUAGGUUUUGGAUCUGUUAAAAUUGCAGCAUUCAUAGCUAUGGUAGGAAUUCUGUCCAUUGUAGCUCAGACAGUCUUUCUUAGCAUCUUGAUGAGAUCGUUGGGAAAUAAGAAUACUGUCCUCCUUGGCUUGGGCUUCCAGAUGCUCCAGUUGGCCUGGUAUGGGUUUGGAUCCCAGGCAUGGAUGAUGUGGGCAGCAGGGACUGUGGCCGCCAUGUCCAGCAUCACGUUCCCGGCAGUCAGUGCCCUCGUCUCUCAGAACGCAGAGUCCGAUCAGCAAGGAGUUGCCCAGGGAAUCAUAACUGGAAUACGCGGACUGUGCAAUGGCCUGGGGCCGGCACUGUACGGCUUCAUAUUCUACAUGUUCCAUGUGGAGCUAUCGGAGCUGGGCCCAGAGUUGACUUCAGAUGAUGAUGCCCUACAGGGAGCUCUCAUCCCAGGCCCACCAUUUUUAUUUGGAGCAUGUAUAGUUCUUAUGUCUUUUCUGGUUGCCUUAUUCAUCCCUGAAUACCAUAAAGCGAGUGGGGUUCAGAAACACAGCAGCAGCAUCAGUGGCAACUUGACCAACACCCCGGAACAGGGCAGUGAUGAGGACAUUGAGCCACUGCUGCAAGACAGCAGCAUCUGGGAGCUCUCCUCCUUUGAAGAACCUGGGAACCAGAGCACUGAGCUUGCUGAGGAUUGAACCCAGGGCCUUGCACUUGCUAGGCAAGCACUCGAUCACUGAGCUACAUCUCCAUCCCUACAGUCAAUUUCAAAAACUGGAAAUGUGAGUUUUCCAACUUUGUUCUUUUUCAGCAUUGUUUUAGCUAUUUGGUAUCAUUUUUAAUUCCAUAUGAAUUUUAGUUUUCAUUUUUCCAGUUUUCUGCCAAGUGAAAAAUGGCUGCUGGAGCCAGGUGCAGGUGGCUCACACCUGUAAUCCUAGCUUCUUGGGAGACUGAGAUUUGAAGAAUCAGCAAAGAGCUUGAAAGACCCCCAUCUCCACAAUAACCAGGGAAAAGUGGACUGGAGGUGUGGCUCAAGCACUAGAGCACCUGCUUUGCAAGCAUCAAGCCCUGAGUUCAAACCCCAGUCUCACUAAAAAAGAAAAAAAGCUGUUGGCCAGUACAGUACAUUGCUGAGUAGCAUGGGAAGAUCAGGAAUCUUUGUCUCGUUCCGGAUCUUAAGGGGAACCAUUGAAUACAGUCAUACAUUAUGUAACAACAGGGAUAUAUUCUGAGAAGUGUGUCUGUAGGCAUGUAAACAUCACAAAGUGUACUUAGACAAAUCUAGAUGGCGUGGUCAUCUAGGUUGUUCAGUCGACUUUUGGCCAACAUCAUUGUGUGGUCCAUGACUAUUUAUUGGGUUUUUCAUAAGUACUCUAUGAUGUCACGGAACGUCCCCUCCAUGCCUAGUUUGUUGAAUGUUUUUAUUGUGAAAGAGUGUGUGCUAGAUUUUUCAUCACUGAGACAAAUACUAGAGAGAAACAAUUUAAAAGUAGGAAACAUUUAUUUUGGCUCACUGCUUCAGAGGUUUUAGUUAAUAGUCGGCUGAAUCCAUUGCUUUGGACCUGAGGUAGGACAGGACGUGAUGGUGGGAGUGAGGGCCAGAGGCUGCUCACUUCAUGGGAGGCAGAAUGGGGCAGGGGUCAAGAUACAUCUUUCCAGGGCAUACCCUUAGUGACCUACUUCCUCCAACUAGGCCCACUCCCAAUAAUGCCAUCAUUAUGAAUCCAUCAAUGGAUUAACCUAUUGAUCAGGUCAGAGCCUUCAGUAUCCAGUCACUUACAAAAGCCCAUCAGCUGGCAACCAAGACUUUUUUUUUUCUUAAACUUUUGGUGUGAC